GAGGUCUUAACCAGAUGAAGGACACUGAGGAAGCAUGCUCUCGAUUCCACUGGCCUGGUUUUGAUCUGUUGCUACAUACAGUAUGUCCCGCCUCUUUUCCUUGAGUAAAUUCAUCUCUUGCCUCGUAUUUUUCGUAGAAGCAGUGGCAGCUGACUGAAAGAGUGAAAAUGAUUGACUACGAGCGACCCUCUCCAUUAAGCUGUGCACCAGGAGGGAGGGGUGUGCUGGUUCCCCAGCUCCCGGUGCACACACAGCCAGCCAUGCCUCAAGGAUACUCCCACCAGAGGAGGAAAGCCAACACAGCUGCUGCUAGGAGGAUGGAGAGGAGGCGCAGGGACCAGUGGAAAAGCAAUAACAAUAACAACCCCAACGGCACCCAGAACCACCGCUCCAGGAAGCUCGCCAUGCUCUCCAGGUCCUUAAUUCUGUGUCACUCGAAGACCAAUGAUGACUGCCCCAGUCCAGAAGCGAGGGAGGCUGGGGAUGUGUCAGAGGAGAGAAGGGCAUGGAGUUCAAGCUGGAUGACAGACUUGGAUCAAACAGGGUACAGAAAUGCAAAAAUUGGACACUGGAGGACUUGGGAAUUAACCCUGGAGACAAGAGGAGGGACAGAGACCGCCAAACAGCUGCAUCAAAACACAAGUCUCAGCGAAAAUAAAACAAGACUGCGGAAAACCUUUAGCAUCAAGGAGAGUAGUAUUUGGAGGAUGUGUGUAGCCACAAGGGCCACUGAGGAGGUGUGUGCACCACAAAUGUCAGAUUAUGGCAUCCAGGCAGAAGACAAAGAUACUCAUGUGGAGCCGAGGAUGAGAGGAGGGGAUGUAUACAGAGGUUCCAAAUACCUGAGCCCAGACAAGCUGUCACCUUUUAACGGACAAUGUCUAACCAGCGUUGCAUGGAUGGAUGCGGAGGGACUGAGGAGCGUGUACACGACAUCUUGUAGCGAGCCCACCUCACAGUGUGAAGACUCCCUUCAUUCACAAGUUCUCAGCACAAGCCUGCAGCAUCCAUCACUUAUCUCCCCGUCAGAUCAGCUGUCUUUGUCUGCAUACAUAGACCAAGAACUUACAGCCAACAACAACCACCUCAAGUUGCCCAUUCCAGAGGUAAAGGAAGAAACUAGCUGGGAGACGGACGGAUGUCAGCAGAUACCAGCAGGAAAGAUGGGUGGCAAUAAGACGCACUCCAAUUCAAACAGUGUUCGUCCUUACUGGAUUGGGGACUUGGACAGCAUCAUUAUGAAAAGCCCUGAUAUGUACACCACUCACCCUGACGGGAGAUGUCGUCUCUAUGGCAACAGAAAGUCCCUAUCCCAACAACUUGAUUUUGUACGCAGUUCACUCCAGCCCGCUCGGCCAUCACGCUCCCUCAGCUCUGCCCAGCUGGUCCAUUCCUGCAGUAACACUCAAGCUUUUAUGAUCUGCAAUGUUGUGUUGAUGAAGGGCCAUGGCAAGGGUCUGGGCUUCAGCAUCGUGGGUGGGAAGGACAGCAUGCAUGGACCGAUGGGGAUUUAUGUCAAGACCAUUUUUCCUGGCGGAGCAGCAGCUGCUGAUGGAAGGCUACAAGAAGGUGAUGAGAUACUGGAGCUCAAUGGGGAGUCACUACAUGGUUUGAGUCACGACGAAGCCCUCCACAAGUUCAAACAAAUCAAAAAGGGUCUUUUGGCUCUGGUGGUGAGGACAAGCCUGCGGGUGGGGGCCGUGUGCGGCCAGGGCCAGGUAAAUCAGCUGUGCAGAUCACGCUCACUCAGCUCCACCACAGGCAUGACCGAGAUCAGCGCUGACGCGGGAGACUACGACUACUUGAGUAAAACCUGCGACAGCUCCAGAGCGAGUGUUCCUGGACAACCCGCUAAACCCCGAGACCGCAUCAUGAUGGAGAUCACCCUAUGCAAAGAGGCCGGUGUUGGUCUGGGUAUUGGACUGUGCUGCGUUCCAUCCACUGACGGAUGUCCUGGAAUCUUCAUCCACACACUCUCUCCUGGAUCUGUGGCACACAUUGAUGGCAGACUCCGGUGUGGGGAUGAGAUCAUGGAGAUCAAUGACACUGUGGUCUACAACAUGGCACUGAACGACGUGUACACAGUCCUGAGCCAAUGCAGUCCAGGUCCAGUUCAGGUUAUUAUCAGUCGACACCCUGACCCCAAAGUGUCAGAACAUCAGCUGAACGAUGCAAUAGCUCAAGCUGUGGAAAACAGCAAACUGAGAAAGGACAAGAGCCAAUGGAGUAUCGAUGGGCUGCGAAGGUUGGAGUCAUGUUCUCAAGGCCAUUGUUUAGAAAGGAGCUUCGGUCAGGCCGGGGUCCGUCGAGCCCAAAAGUUCAUGAUGCGCUCCUGCAGUGAUAACGCCAACAGCCGCUGCCUCAUCAGCCACAGCUGUCAUAACACGCAUCAUAACCCACCUGCCCGUGUCCAUAGCCUGGACACGCCCAAGUCAAUGACAGAGACAUGGACUGACAACAGAUUGUCGGUGCCAGUAUAUCCGGAUGAUGACUACAACGUUCCGUUUAACUGUCCUGCUGCCAACCUGUCUAGUCAACAGACCCUGGAUGAGGCCUUCAGGGCCAAUAAGUCCAUCUCCAGGUCGCGUGCUGGUCCACGUCGCUACGUCAGGUCUCAGGAUGUGAGCGGUGAGGAAGGCUACAAUGGAGACUCCAGUGGUUCCAGUGGAGCAUCCCCCGAUAGAGAUGAUGGAUUGAACACUUCAAUAAACGUUCACUGUCAGGAAGAAGAACAAAUGAGAAAAGAGUCAGAGGGGCAGAGAAGAGAAAACUUCACGGUGAAGGACAAGGUACACACAGGUGGAUCAUCAGCUGUGCUUUGCUCACAGUCCAAAAGAAGAGCUCUUAGGAGGCAGGCACGCAUCGAACACCAGCUUCAGGAUCCUUGGGUCCGCCUUUCAGACAGUUCCCCUGAAGACUUGCAACAAAUUAGCCACAACCGCCACCUAGCACCUGUCACCAUGACUACUGAAGAAAACACCCCAAAGCUGAGCUGCAGUGCAACAGAAGUAACCACUGAUUCUGCUGAGAAACAAUUGGAGAUCUUCGGCGGUUUAAAGAAGGGGCCACCCGUGGCACCAAAACCCGCCUGGUUUCGCCAAAGCCUGAGAAAAAUCCGCAAUGAGCAAGACCAGAACAAGCAGGGUGAAGCUGUAAAGAGGCGAGCUGGAGGCUUCUAUCGAAGUUUUAAUGUCAGAUCUGCCUCGUCUGUUGCCAGCCUGUCCAUCAAAGACAAAAUUCAUUCAUUUGAGACUUUUUCAAACCCAGACAGUCCAGAUAAUGUGGAAAAGAGGCAUGUGGUCUCGUCUACCCCCCUGCGUCUACCUUCCCAUCUGAUGGAGCGAGAAUCCGACAGAAAGUGUGGAAGAAACAAAAAUGAAAACCCGCAAAAUAUGCAUAAAAAACAAUCUGCAUCUGAAAGGGUAAUCGAGACGUCUGCUUCACCUUCUGCCAGCUCAUCCAGUCUUCACAGUAGUGAAACAAAAAAUCUUUCUAAUCCAGAGCCUCAUUCCUGCCAGUCAUCUGCAGAUCCCCCAUCUUGUCAGACUACCAGUACAGAUCUAAAACAUGGGGUCCAAUUUUCUGAUUCAGUUUCAGUCCAGCAUACCUUGAACGUCCCAACAGCCACAGAAUUGGAUGAUGCUCAAGAAGCAGAAAUACAGAAUGUGGACAUCAGCGGUUCUGUGGAGGUCAAAACCUUCUCAGGCCCGAGCCUCACCUGUGUGGGAUCCAACCAUGCUGAAGGAGGAAGUUCUCCAGAAAGGACAGAACAGAAUACAGCAGAGAAGGAAAGAGAACACUGUAACUUGACAAGUGCCAGUCCAUCCACAGACAGUACCUCAUAUCAGGACCUAGAGGGAGAGAAUUUUGGGAAAAUCCUUGCCUUCAGUAACCAGGUAUCCCAAGCGUUGAUGCGCACCCUCCCAAUCUCCACUGACCACGGUAACUCGAAUCCAGAUAUCCCAGACUCCACUACUGCAGAUGAUACUGACCGUCAGGAGUGCGAUCCUGUUCCAGACGUCACUGACACUGGAUUUUCUGUUAGCUUGGCCACUCUCAGAGAAUGUACCAUUGAGCUUGGACAGGCGGCGUCCCAAGAAGGAACACUUCCCUCUUCUUGUGCUCAGUCAGUCAUCUCGGCCAUCCCGUCAGAGGAAAUACAGAUGAUGAUCAGAGAAGUCCGAGCGUUGGACGACGACACGCUGAAGCAACUGCAAGACAUCCAUGUUGUGAUUCUGCAUAAAGAAGAAGGAGCCGGACUGGGCUUUAGCAUUGCUGGAGGUUCUGACCUGGAGAGCAAAGCUCUGACAGUGCACAAAGUGUUCCCGAGCGGGUUGGCCACGCAGGAGGGCACCAUCCACAAAGGAGAUGAGGUGUUGUCCAUCAACGGCCAGACGCUCCGUGGCGUCACACACGCCGACGCCACUGCGGCUCUGCGUCAGGCACGCAUGCUGAAACUGGCUGUGGUGGUGGUCUGCAAGAGAACGGAGGAGGAACCAAGAGAAGAAGGCAGAAGCUGUGAAGAAUCCCACCCUGCAAAAAAGGACAAAGGCACUUUGAUGAGUGUGGAGCUGGAGAAAGGUGCAGGCGGAAUCGGCUUCACCUUAGAAGGAGGAAAGGCCUCAAUCCAUGGAGAUAGACCCAUAGUCAUCAACAGGGUCUUUAAAGGUGGUGCAGCAGAGCAGAGCGGUCUUCAGUGUGGAGAUGAAGUGCUGCAAGUCCAGGGUAUCAGUCUUCAUGACAUGACUCGCUUCGAGGCCUGGAACAUGAUCAAGGCUUUACCUGAAGGCUCCAUUGCAGUGGGCGUCAGGAGAAAUGAAGACAAAACACCACAUUGUUGAGUCUUUGUCAACAGACUUGGUAUCAUCCAUUCAUCAUCGAUCAUCUUGGGUCGGCAAACCAGAAGCUUGACAGUUCGAACCCCACUUUGUCUAUCCCAGUGUCCUUGGGCAAGACACUUCACCCACCUUGCCUCCAGUGCCAUCCACACUGGUGUAUAAAUGUCAAUAAAUGUUUGGUGGUGGAUACAAUUGGCAGCCAUUUGCCGUCCAUCAGCUGUGUUUUACGGAUGUAGCUUACCACCACCAGUGUGUGACUCGACUGAAUGAACAAUGGCUUCAGUGCAAAGCGCUGUAGGUGUCCGGAAAGACGCUAUAUAAAUCAAAUCCAUUAUUAGUAGGGGUGUAACGGUACACCAUAGUCCUGGUCCGCUUUGUACCUCGGUUUUAAGGUCACAGUUUGGUUCAUUUUGUGUAAAGUAAGCAUUCCCUUCAGGAAUCAAUUGAUGUUGGCUUUUCGGCAGCAGUACACAACUAGUCACUUCUGGUCACGUGACGGAGACAUCACUAUUUUCCAAAAGUAGUUUUUUUGCUUGUCCACACGGCAACGACAAGGUGGGGUUAUCAGGUUUUCCUGCUCUGUAAACGAUUUUGUAAAUAUAUUUCAGGGCACCCAGAGCGCUAUUGUGAAUUUACCUUUUUGCUCUGAAAACGUUCUCAUGUGGACAGGCCAUACGUUUAAUAUAUACUGUAAAUGUAGGCAAAUGUAGGUAAAUCUAGGCAUAUGCGUCUGCGAAUGGGUGUUAGUGUAAGAGUGUUAAAUUUAAAAAAAAAAAAUGCAACAAAAAAUGUACGGUGAGACACACAAGCAUUCAGGCUUGAUUGGCGGUGCAACAGGCUUUUAUUGCAGGUUUGAAUGAUCUCACACCAGGCAAAAUAAUCCCUAACACAGGCUACUGUUGCGGCCAUAACCUACGCCAAGCUAAAACUCAACUCUGAACCCCUGAUGUCACUUCCUGUCUGCCCCCCAAUCAUCUCCCCUAGCACCGUAACACAUUUACAGCAACACACACGAGCAUGGGUCUUAUUUUCUCUACUAUAUUGGGUAAGAGGAUUGUAAAGGUGACUAUAGGGGUGUUGUUCCAUGUCUAGAGUACUGUAAUAAUGUUAAAAACAGUAUUUAGAAGGUCGUAAACAGAUUUUCUAUGCUAUAAACUACCAAACUAUUCCAUUUAUAAAGAAGGGAUCCUACUUAGUGGAAAUUCACUUAUCACAGUAUAAACGAGGGAUUACUGUAACAGUUACAACGGCGGUGGGGUGUGCGUGGGGGGGGCACCCCUAAUAUAAUGGUAGAAAAAACUGAUCAAUGUUUGUCAACAUUUCAAAAUAUAUUAAUAUUUCAAAUUAUGCAAAACUUCGGCACGGUUGACAGGUGUGAUCAUCAAUCCUAAGUCAGUAGUCAUCCCACUGCUUGAAAUGCAUGCAGCAGAUGUGUCCUCUGCGUAAGGAAUAAUUCAAGGGCUGUAACAUGUAAAUAAAAUAGCAACAAAUUUAUGUACAAUUGAAUCAUUUCCCUCAAUAAAUAACUUGUUUGCCAAAUGUGUUUGUCUCGUUACAUCAUUAAAUCAAAUUUGACUUUUAAAUAUUGUCCAUUCACCAAAACACGAAUCAAAUAUAGUUUUGUUUGCCUGCGCAGUGUGAAAGUGGGAGGAGGAUGGUGGUUGCUACCCAAGACACUACAUUGCACGUGGGAAUGGCUGCACGCUGCAAUAGUACGAGCCACAGGUGCUUUUGUGAUUAGCGUUGAAAGGCAUUGAUCGGGAUAUGCCGAUCACAUGAUUUUUCAUGAUGCAUUGAUAC